GACGUCAUGACGCACGGAGCUCGACAGUAAAAUGAAUUUGAAGCGGAAUGAUUCUCGGCUGUAGGAAACAUCCAGGAGUUGAACCUGAUCACGACCUGAUAAACUCCAGAACCCACCGCUGACUGAUUGGAGCUCAGGUAAGGGCUCGAUCAUGACCCAUGCCGAUGACUGCUGUACGACAGCAGAGGAUGGAGUUGAGAGCGACCAGCAGCAGCCUCUCAUUCUGGAGAGGGUGGUGGAAGAAACCAAAAGCUGGCAGUCCGUCGUGACACACCGGCUGAAGAAGAACUGCUCGUGCUCCCCAAAGAAAGCUAAAUCCAAAAUCCUGGGCUUCGUCCCGAUUGUGAAGUGGCUGCCCAGCUACCAGCUCAGGGAGUGGCUGCUGGGCGACGUCAUGUCCGGUCUGAUUGUAGGGAUCCUAUUGGUCCCUCAGUCCAUAGCCUACUCCCUAUUGGCCAGUCAGGACCCCAUAUACGGUCUCUAUACGUCGUUCUUCGCUUCCAUCAUCUACGCCCUGUUGGGCACUUCCAGGCACAUCUCGGUGGGGAUCUUCGGGGUGCUGUGCCUGCUGGUGGGUCAGGUCGUGGAUAGGGAGUUAGCUCUGGCUGGAUACCUCCCAGAGAGCAGCAGCCUCCUCAGUAGCAACGAUAGCGCCCUCCUGCUGGCCGGCCAGGGGAAUGGCACCUUCGGGAUGGACUGUGACAGAAGCUGCUAUGCUAUCACGGUUGGAGCUACAGUCACCUUCACUGCUGGAGUCUACCAGGUGCUGAUGGGUAUCUUCCAGGUGGGCUUUGUCUCUGUUUACCUCUCGGACUCCCUGCUCAGUGGCUUUGCGACCGGGGCCUCCCUGACCAUCCUCACCUCACAGUUCAAAUACGUACUGGGCCUGAAGAUCCCGCGGCCUCAGGGCUGGUUCACGCUGUUUAAGACCUGGUACGGCGUGCUCAGCAACCUGCAGCACACCAACAUCUGCGACCUGGUGACCAGCCUGGUGUGUUUGCUGAUCCUGCUGCCGACCAAGGAGCUCAACGACCGCUUCAAAUCCAAGCUGAAGGCUCCGAUUCCCUUCGAGCUCUUCGUGGUGGUGAUAGCGACGCUGGCUUCUCACUUUGGAAACUUCAACACGGACUAUGGGUCGGGGGUGGCCGGCACCAUCCCCACGGGCUUCCUCCCCCCCCAGAUGCCCCUGUGGUCUCUGAUCCCCAACGUUGCCGUCGACGCCUUCUCCAUCGCCAUCGUGGGCUUCGCCAUCACCGUGUCGCUGUCGGAGAUGUUCGCCAAGAAGCACGGCUACACGGUGGACGCUAACCAGGAGAUGUACGCCAUCGGCUUCUGCAACAUCCUGCCGUCGUUCUUCCGCUGCUUCACCACCAGCGCUGCGCUCACCAAGACCCUGGUGAAGGAGUCCACGGGCUGCCAGACGCAGAUCUCCGGGAUCAUCAGCGCCCUGGUGCUCCUGCUGGUGCUGCUGGUCAUCGCACCGCUCUUCUACUCCCUUCAGAAGUGUGUGUUGGCCGUCAUCAUCCUGGUGAACCUGCGCGGCGCUUUAAGGAAGUUCCUGGACAUCCCGAGCAUGUGGCGGGUGAACCGCGUGGAUACGUCCAUCUGGCUGGUCACCAUGGCCACCUCGGCGCUGGUCAACACCGAGCUGGGUCUGCUGGUGGGGGUCCUGGUGUCGGCCCUCUGCGUUAUUGGCCGGACCCAACAGGCCAAGGUCCUGGAGCUGGGGCGGGCUUCGACCCGGGGGCAUUAUGAGGACGUGUCGGCGUACCGCGGCCUGCGGACUCACCCCGGCGUGGCUGUGUUCAGGUACGACGCCCCGAUCUACUACGCCAACCAGAGCCUGUUCAAGAGGUCUCUGUACAAAAGUGCGGGGCUCGACCCGCUGAAGGAGAAGUCCCGGGUGAUGAAGUUCAAGAAGAAGAGCAAGGUCCCGGAUGUGAACGGUACGGGGAAAGGGGAGGAAGCCGGCGUGAUGCUGGAGAACAAACCCUUACGCAGCGUGGUGAUCGACGGCAGCGCCAUCUCCUUCCUGGACACCGCCGGGGUGGGCGCUCUGAAGGAAGUCCGCAAAGACUACGCAGAACUCGGGGUCCAGGUGGUCCUGGCCCAGUGUAGUACCUCAGUGCUGGACUCCCUGCAACGGGGGGGCUACUACCCCGACAAAAAAGAGAGCGAUGCAGGAGAGGAAACGAUGAUCUUCUACACCAUCGCAGACGCCGUCCACCACGUCCAGAGCCUCUCCGCUCCAAACGGAGACUAUGACAGGAAAUGCUAAAGCCGAUAUCUAUGUUUACAUGCUGUCGUACAAAUCAAACACAAAGGAGAAGGAAGCUGUUCCCUCUGUGCCUUAUAAACCAAAGAGAUGCAGUAUACAUCACAUAUUUAUACAAACCUGCUGCAGACAAUCCUUUAUUGAAUACACGUUAGCAUGCUAAAUGCUGAAAACAAACGUCUUGAGAAACUAAGCCAAAUAUGUUAUUUUUUCUGCACACAGACACCAACAUGAGCCCGUUCACCUACACACAGGACCUUUUAGAGUCACGUCUCAUCUGGAGGGGAAAUUGUGACCCUGGCCCCUCUCCAGCUACCAGUCCACACUCUAUUAUGGUCCAAUCUGGACUUGAACCAGCAGCCGUUCGCUUCCCAGGCCAGUCCUGCAGACUGAGCUACUGCCAUCCCAUCUACGGUGUCAUGUCCGUGCAAAGUGUCUGUGAUCUAACGGUUAUUUAACAUUAUAUAUUGUAUAGCCUUUGUCCAUGAAGUGCAAUCCUCUUGUGUGAAGAGAUGCUGUUUGAAGGACUCUGUAUCAGAGCUCCAAUAUAGUUCAAGUUCAUUCACUUCCCCGAAUCAGAUGCCUCCAGAUUCUCCAUCAAAGUCCCCCCUGCUGUCCUCAGACAAGCACUGUAGCUACAGAAGUCCUUCCUGCUGUUUCCUCUGACACAGGUGGGAAGCUUUUCUGUCCCGUGGGAGAUUUGGUCGAGUUUACAAAGCCAAAUAACUUCAGCAGAACCUCUGUUUACCUUUCAAUGUGCAGCCUUUAUGUAAACACACUGGAUUUCUGAUCCUUUCUUUACUCUCCUUUUUUCUGGAGAGGAAGUAAAGGAACCGGAGCUCUGGAUCUAUUUGUUGUUGGAGGUGCGAUAUCUGACUCAGCAGCUUUAAGACGUGAAGACAGUUAUUUUCCACACCUGGAAAGUGGGCGGGGCUUAGACAGGAAGUGACGUUAGCACAUCAUGAGCUAUUUUCAUGAUCACCUGCUAUACUGUUUUUAUAUCUGGCUCUCAGCUUUUACUGUUGCAGCCUCACACCGCCCCCCUCCCCGUCUCUCAUGUCUCGGUUAUUUCCCAAAAACAAACGCUCACCUUCCUGCAGCAGAUCUCUGGUGUCGUUCUAAAGCCUGACUUCUUUAGUGAGCGUGUCACUCUGAUAAAGUACUUUAUAUUCAUCCACAAUGCAUGUUUGCUGAGGGUGACCGUAGUACUGACUGUUACCACAGCUUGGUAAACACCCGACUGUCAGCUCUGUGAUGAAUGAAUGAAUGGGGGGGGGGGCUCCAAUCAGCUUCUGUGUUAGAGAUCAUCAAACUAGAAGGCCCUUUAAUAUGAAAUACCUUAUUAUUAUUUAAAUGAUGGAGGUCCAUUGAUUCCUGUAUUUGUAAUGAAGAAUACAUGAGGAUUACAUCGUUAAUGACUAAUUAGGAAGGAAAUGAAAACUCUUUUCAAACAUUUUAAAAAGAGGUUCUGCUUGUUGGUGUUUUUAGUGCAUGUAAAUGGUCUGCAAAGGCUAAAACCCCCUAUGCCUUAAUCGACUCCUUUGUUUACUUCCGGAACAUACUGACAUCACUACGGAACAAUCACGCUCCUAUUGCCUAGCGUUGCGGCUCAUUGUACGUGGGGCGGGACAUCUGUAAUCACAGAGCCGGCCAGCUAACCAAUCAGAGCAGACUGGGCUCUGGUUUCAGACAGAGGGUGAAAAGACGUGCUGCAGCACAGACAGUCUGAGAGACAUAAAGAGCUUUCUGAACAUUAGAGCGUGGAGACAUGGAGACAUGGAGACAUGGAGACAUGGAGACACGGAGACAUGGAGACAUGUCAAUAUAUAUUUAUAUUUCGGAAUUUGACUUUCAUCUUAGAAUUUCACAUUUUCCAUUUUCUUCUUCUAAAUUCCCCUUUUUCUCUCACGGAGUAACACUGGCAAUGUUUGGUGAAACAACCUCUUAUCAGCUACAGCUUCCUGUUGUUGUUGUUGCGGCCCAGGAGAGACGCCACAUACUGAUAUACUGUUCACAUAACGUCCAGAGCUUUACCUCAGAAAACACAGUGUCUCUUUCCUGCAGGACGUGUCGGCGCAGGUUUCCUGAGUCAUUGCUCAGAACUUUACACAGACCUCAAAGAAGCUUUCAUGAGAAGUGGUUCUGAACAUAUUGAAUUUUCCUUCAUGUCUAAUAUAAAGCCCUCAUUGCAAAGUGCUUUAGAAAUAAACCUGCCUUAGCUUCCAGCUCACAGAAAACAAAAAGGGAUCAACUCAGAGGAUAUCUGUUUGUCGCUUUAAGGUCUAAAACUAAGUGCCUUUAAACGUGAUUUUAAGUACAAAGCACUUACUGUUCACAACCAUUCUUUCAUAUGUGUGACAUCACUAUGAAUUAUUAACACCUGUUGCUUUACACUUUGUUUUGGUGUAACCUGAAGUUUGGGGGUUACAGGAAACUAAAUUCCCCAGUAAAGGUUAUUAUUACAGAUUUCAGUUUCAUAUUUAUGUCUGUCUUUUAUUACUGUCUGUAAUCCAAUACACAUUAAAGAUAUGCAAUGUAUACCAGAA